AUGAAGAAUCCAUGGACAUAACAAGCAGUUGCAUAAUAAUAAAUUACAUAUGGGGUAUGUUACAACAUUCUAAAUAAAAAAUAUUAAUUGCAAUCAGAUGAAAAACUGCAAUUUGAUUAUAUAACAAUAUUAAACAAUGCAAAUAAAAUAUAAGAGAUGAAAUAAAAGUUGGCAAUCCAAAUUAUAGAUUAAUAAUUUGGAGAUAUGAUUGAUCCUAAGAAAUUUGAAUAAAGAGUACAAUAAUUGGAUAGUUUAGAAAAAAUAAUAAAUGAUGUUCUGUUAUGUUUAUAAAAAUGCUAAAUAUGCGUACAACAUAAUAACGAUACAAAAAGCUUUAUAAGAAAUGAUGGGUCCGUUUAUAUAAAUAUUCCAUUUCAAUAUAAAACUUAAUUUAUUCAAUUAUUGAGAUAAGCACAAGAUAAAUAGCUUGAACUAGUUGAUCCAGAUCAAUAAAUCAUUUAAUAGUAAAGAUGCGUAAAAGAGUUGAAUGAAUAACAAUUAUCAAUAGAAGAGAUUUAUAGUUAAAUUAUUCAAUUAAUAGAACAACUAAAAUGUUGA